AUGGAGUUCUCAACAAUUGAGAAGAUUAAAUGGAAGUUUAAUCCUCCAACCGCUGCCUGGUGGGGAGGAUUUUGGGAGAGGUUGGUACGGAUGGUAAAAGAACUUUUAAGACGAGUUUUGGGUUCUAAAACGGUCAGUUACAUUGAGCUGGAAACUAUACUAUGCGACUGUGAAGCAACAAUGAAUUCACGACCCUUAACUUACUUAGAAGACGGGACUGCGGAGUUAAAGCCAUUGACACCUGCAUAUUUUAUACAAGGAAUCCCUCAUCAUGAUGUAAAGGAUCUGGAUACUAUAGACAGCAAAAGUUUAAAUCGUCGCUUGCGGUAUUUACAAAAUCUUCGGAUUGAUUUACGCUCGAGAUUCAGAAAUGAGUACCUAGCCAUGCUAGUCCAUAGAAGAGAACGAAAAGGAGACACUUUAGAGGUGGGUGAUGUGGUGCUGAUUGGAACUCCGGAAAAGCGCAUCAACUGGCCACUGGGACUUGUUGUCCAAGUAUUUCCAGGUGCAGAUGGUCAUGUAAGAGUGGCAAAAGUAAAAACGGCUGACGGAGAAAAAAUAACACCCGUCCACAACCUGUAUCCUUUAGAAGUGACUCGUCCCUCAGAGCUACCUCAGCAUUUUCAGCCUCAAAUCUCGUUAAACUCCAGAUCAAAGAUGCGGAUCUUAGAAGUUCCAACUAUCAACAGCUCUUGGAUGGUCAGAUUGAUACCUCAAGGAUAG